UCAUAUCACAUUUUCAUUCAUUUGCUUUUAAUAUCAAUUCGAAACUGUGCACUGAAAAAUUCAAACCAAAUUAUAUAGCUGCACACACACACAUACACACAGAAAUAAUUCUUAAAUAUAAUAAAUUUUUGGUACAUCAUAAAAAGGCCGUUAAAAUGCGUUGUCCCUGUUCGCGGAAUCCUGGUAAUGAUAUAACCUAUCAAAAUGGUUUCGAUGAUCCGAAAACAAGACGUCAUUUUGUUUCUAAAGUAUGCAUGCUGGUGACAUUUCAAAUGUGCUUUACUGCCGCUGUGACCAGCUUGUUUGUAUUUAUUGAAAACUGGGGCAAUUGGUUAAAAGAAAACUGGUGGCUUCCCAUAGUGGCCUUUUCCAUUACCUUCGUCAUCCUAGUCAUGAUGUGCUAUUGCGUUUUUCUAUUUCGUAAACCGCCAUGCAACUAUAUACUUCUAAUUAUAUUCACCAGUGCCGAAUCCAUCAUUAUAAGCUAUAUUUGUAUACAUUAUGCACCGCGAUUGAUACUUUAUGCAGUCGGUGUUACGGCACUUCUUUGCAUCCUACUGGCCCUGUUUGCAGCGUUCGCCCCAUGUGACUUUACAACGUGCUGGCCAUUGGUUUUAGUGGCUCUUUUUGGUCUAGUGGUCACUGGAAUACUUUUUAUUUUCUUUUCUAAUCGCGUACUCCUUUUGAUUAUCACGUGUGCAGCCAUAAUGAUAUUUUCCUUCGUCCUCGUAAUUGAUAUACAAAUGAUAAUCGGCGGCAAGCAUUCGAAUCAAUAUGAUGAGGAUGAUUAUGUGAUCGCUUCAAUUUCGAUCUAUUGUGAUAUUAUACAAAUAUUUCUGUGCAUUCUGGAAUUGUUUGGUAUCCUUGAUGAUUAGGUGCCGAUAAAAAUCUUUGAAGUUUU